AAGUACGUACUCAGGAGUUUCAGCCAAACGAUAGAAUUCCGUGCUGGUGAAAGGCAGUGCAUUUAUAGCGGUAAUUAUCGCAAGAUUGUUUCUUCUGUUCAAUCUGUGCAUCAUGGCGAACCAACUGGUCCUCCCUACUCUCGAUGACCUCAAAAGCUCAGUUGCUCCCGAUGUCAAUGUUCAAGCGGUAGCGAUCAAGAAUGUAACAGCAGUCUUAGAUCUCCUUGUCGAUGAUGUCUUCUGGCGCGAUAUACUCGCAUUAACAUGGGACUUCCACACUUUCCAAAGCACCCCUUCCGUUAAAAAAUUCCUCGCAGACCAACUCCCGCUAUUUACCUUGUCUUCUUUCAAACUCAGGAAUGAUCUGGUAGAACUCCAGAGACCAUACCCUGAUAUCGCGUGGAUUCAGGCGUUUUUUGACUUUGAAACUACAGUCGGGAUUGCAUCUGGGGUGUUCCGGCUUGUACCACUCGCGGACGGCUCAUGGAAGGCCCAUACCGUCUUCACGAACUUGGAAAAUCUCAAAGGUUUCCCAGAACAGAAUGGGCAUAGACGAGACUACCAGUCAAACCAUGGAAAGUGGGCCGCGAAGCGUGCACGUGAGAUCGAAUGUGUCGACGAGGAGCCCAGCGUCGUAGUGAUAGGAGGCGGGCAGAGCGGGCUCGAUGUUGCAGCGCGGCUUAAGAUGCUUGGCACGAAGACUCUAGUAGUGGAAAAGAACGAGAGAAUUGGUGAUAAUUGGAGGAAGCGUUAUGCAGCGCUGUGUCUCCAUGAUCCCGUCUGGUACGACCACAUGCCAUACAUUCCUUUCCCUGUCUCGUGGCCUGUCUAUACGCCUGCAUUGAAACUGGCAGAUUGGCUGGAAUCAUAUGCACACAGCAUGGAGCUCGAUGUUUGGACCAGCGCUACGGUCAUGUCCGUCAUUCCGGGUACGAAGGGAAAGAAGUGGACUGUCACAGUCCAACGUGCUGACAGAAAGGAGCGUGCCUUUGAGGUCAAUCAUGUCGUAUUCGCCUUGGGCAGCGGUAUGGGCCAAAUUCCAGAUAUCCCAGGGCAGGACGACUUCAAGGGGCAGAUGUUGCAUUCUAGCAAACACAAUCUUGCGACUGAUCACGCAGGAAAAAAGGUUGUUGUUGUCGGGGCUUGCACGUCCGCGCAUGACAUAUGUGCGGACUACGCUGACAAUGGCGUUGAUGUGACCAUGGUUCAACGCAGCCCGAGUUACGUCAUGUCCACAAAGGAGGGCAUGCCGAGGUUCAUGACGAUCUUCUGGGAGGGCGGUCCUCCUACUGAUGUUGCGGAUCGCGUAAACGCGUCUUACCCCGAAUUCGACAUUGCUGAGGCGGAUAACUUCUUGACGGCCUGCGAAAAACGAGGUUUCAAGACAAAUUUGGGCGAUGAUGACUCUGGCUUUCUGAUUACGGCAUUGAAUGGGGGAGGAGGAUAUUAUCUUGACGUCGGAGCUUCACAGAUGAUCAUCGACGGGAAGAUCAAACUCAAGAGCGAUGGGCCAAUCUCGCGCUUUACGCAGACAGGUUUACUUUUCGAAGACGGUUCUACUCUUGAGGCAGACGUGGUCGUCUUCGCUACUGGCUACGCCGAUGCACGUCAUUCAUAUCGUGUUCUGCUUCCCGAGUCACUGCAUGACAAAUUGUAUCCUAUCUGGGGCCUUGACAAAGAAGGAGAGUUGAACAGUAUCUGGCGCGAAGUCGGUGGGCGCAGCAAGGACGCGGAACUCAAUGGCAUAUGGUGCAUGAUGGGGGACUUGGCGCUUUGUAGGUUCCAUUCCAGGCAUCUCGCAUUGCAAAUUAAAUCACACGAAGAAGGGAUUUUCGGGACAAGAUAUCAGUGA